GUAAACAAAGACUCGUUUAUAAAAAUCGUCAUUACCCCGAAAUCUCUCCCCUAAUUCCAUUUUCCUUUCCAUACACACAGCUACAGGCGACGGAUUUAACCUCUUUCAGCAAUCCGAUUCUGCAACACUAUGCAUCUCUACAACGCAUGGCUUCCGCCCUCCGUCGCGGAGGAGACGAAGCGCGAGAAGGAGGCAUUCGCCGGAGUCGUCAAGUCCGUUAAGGAGUCUUACAAUCCCGACGAUUCCGAAUCGGUUUACUCUACUCUUAAAUGGGUCUCCGUCAUUGACCUUUUUGUGAAGGCUAAAAGUGAUUUAAUGGUCGAAGAUGUUUCUGCCAUUAUUGAAGUUGGAUUGCAACUGUUUCAAAUAUCAGAAAACAAGCUAUAUGCACAGGUUAGAUGGGGAAACAUUCUAGUGAAAUUGUUGAACAAGUACAGGAAAAAGUUAUCCUUAAAAGUCCAGUGGAAGCCUCUAUAUGAUAUUUUGAUUCACACACACUUUACAAGGAACACUGGCCCUGAAGGAUGGCGAGUAAGACAACGACAUUUUGAAACAGUUACUUCCCUUGUUCGAUCUUGCCGAAGAUUUUUCCCUGCAGGUUCUGCUUUUCAGAUAUGGUCCGAAUUCAGAUCUCUGAUGGAGAACCCAUGGCAUAAUGCUUCUUUUGAGGGUGCUGGGUUUGUCCGACUUUUUCUCCCCACUAACAUCGAAAAUAUGGAUUUCUUUCAAGAUGAAUGGAUUAAAAAAUGUUUAGAUCAUUGGGGUUCAAUACCAAAUUGUCAAUUUUGGAACAGCCAAUGGGCCUCUCUCAGUGCUCGAGUCAUAAAGAACUAUAAGUUCAUUGACUGGGAAAGUUUUCUCCCAGAUCUGUUUAAUAUUUACUUGAACAUGUUUGAGGUUCCUGUGGCUAAUGGCACUGGAUCUUAUCCAUUUUCUAUAGAUGUUCCUGGAAACACAAGAUUUUUGUUUGCAAACCGGUCUGUGUCACAAGCAAAGGCCAUUGCUAAAUCUAUAGUGUAUCUAUUGAAACCUGGUGGCUCAGCCCAGUGGCACUUUGCGAAAUUGGCCAAUCUCUUAGAGCAAUAUUACCAUCCUUCAAAUGGUGGGCGGUGGACUUACUCAUUGGAGCGCCUUUUGUUCCACUUGGUGAAUACCUUCCAGAAGCGCUUGCAACAUGAGCAACUGAGCAAAGAUAGCAGCAAACAAUCUGGACUAUCCCUGACGCAGUCUGAAAGGGUUGAUUUUGUGAAAACCGUACUGAAGUUAAUUGAUCGUGGCCAAUAUAGCAAAAAUGAGCACCUAUCUGAGACAGUAGCAACUGCAACAUCUAUCUUGUCAUAUGUUGAGCCAUCUUUGGUUUUACCUUUUCUAGCGUCUAGGUUCCACAUGGCUUUGGAGACGAUGACAGCAACACACCAGUUGAAGAGUGCCGUGGCAUCUGUAGCGUUCGCCGGAAGACCACUGUUCCUUACCUCUUUAACAGCCUUUCCUAUGGACCAUGGAUCUGAUUCAUUUGCUGAUCUACUGAUGAUAUCUUUAUCGAAUGCUCUGCUUGGCAUGGAUGCCAAUGAUCCUCCCAAAACCUUGGCCACUAUGCAACUGCUUGGUUCUAUAUUCUCUAAUAUGUCGACAGUGGAUGAUGAUAUAACUGAAGGGUCACUGCUCCCAUCAUUUUGCUUCUCAGAGUGGCUUGAUGAGUUCUUAUGCCGGCUAUUUUCUCUUCUCCAACACUUGGAACCUAGUAGUGUACUGAAUGAAGGCACUCACACACCAUCAACUUCAGGGACUUUCCUGGUGGAGGAGGGGCCAUACUACUUUUGUAUGCUGGAAAUAUUGCUCGGGAGGCUCUCGGCUUCUCUGUACAAGCAGGCUCUCAAGAAAAUUUCCAAGUUUGUCACGACAAGUAUUCUUCCUGGAGCAAUAGCAGAAAUCGGACUACUUUGCUGUGCAUGUGUUCAUUCAAAUCCACAAGAUGCAAUCGUUCAACUAAUCAAACCAAUUUUGGAGUCAGUUACCACUUCUUUGGAAGCAACACCCAAAACAGGUUACAGGAAUAGAGCAACUUCUAAUGCGUCGUCCUCAAGAAAGGAAAAAUCAAUUCUAUCACCAGCUCUUGAAACUGCUAUUGAGUAUCAGUUAAAAGUACUCUCAGUGGCAAUCAGUUAUGGAGGUCCAGCACUUUUAUCUUACAGAGAGCAAUUCAAAGAAGUUCUUAGUUCUGCAUUUGAUUCGACAUCUUGGAAGGUUAAUGGAGCUGGUGACCAUGUCCUGCGCUCUCUUUUAGGAAGCCUUGUUCACUAUUAUCCCAUUGAUCAGUACAAGUGUAUUAUGCAUCAUCCUUCUGCUGCUUCACUAGAGGAGUGGGUUGACAUGAAAGAUUUUUCACUAGAUAAGCCAAUAAUGGGGCCAAAGUGGCAUGUCCCCAUUGAGGAUGAAAUAAGUUUUGCAAAUGAACUUCUAAGGCUGCACUUUGAUUCCGCUCUAGAUGACCUACUGACAAUAUGCCAAUCUAAAAUCCAUUCUGACCCAGGAGACGAGAAAGAUCACUUUAAAGUGACUCUUCUACGGGUUGACUCUUCAUUACAAGGUGUUUUAUCAUGUUUACCUGAUUUCAGGCCGUCCUCUGAGAAUGGGAUGGUUAAAGAGGCAGGAGCUUCUCCUUUUCUGAUUGCUGGGGCAACAGGCUCAUGUGUUGGCAGCACAGAGUUACGGCAAAAGGCUGCUAACGUCAUCCAUGAAACCUGCAAAUAUUUGUUGAAGGAGAAGUCUGAUGAUAGCAUUUUAUUGCUACUUCUCAUUCGUAUAAUGGAUACAUUAGGAAAUCAUGGAAGUGCUGAAUAUGAAGAGUGGUCUAAUCACAGGCAGGCCUGGAAACUUGAAUCUACUGCUGUAGUAGAGCCUCCAAUUAAUUUUAUUGCGUCAUCACAUUCAAAAGGAAAACGAAGGCCUAGGUGGGCCCUAAUAGACAAAGCUUAUAUGCAUAAUACUUGGAGAUCAUCACAGUCAUCAUAUCAUUUGUUCCGUACCAGCAGGAACAUAUUUCCAUCAGAACAUGUUACAGUUCUAAUGGACGACCUACUUGAACUCUGUUUACAUAGUUAUGAAACUGUACGAAGGCUUGCUGCGAAAUGUAUCCUGAAGUUGAUGAAAAGAUGGCCGUCAACAAUUUCAAAGUGUGUGUUGUCUCUUGCUGAAAAUCUUAAGAACUCCAGCUUGCCUGAAAAUGCAGUCUUGGGUUCUUGUGCUGUACUUACAUCCCAAACAGUUCUUAAGCGUUUGACAACGGACAGGAAGGCUUUGUCGUCAUUCCUUCUUGGAAUUUUAUACAGCUCCCAUAAUGAAUCCCAAAAGGCUCAGAAAGCAAUUACUGAGCUUUUUGUCAAGUAUAAUAUCCAUUUUGCUGGAUUAUCAAGAAGCAUUUUUCGCGGAGCCAAUCAUGCUGAUGGAACUGAAUUUGCUGAUUUGGUUGCUGUAAUUGGUUCUAUGAGUUUUGAUAGCACUAAUUUGCAUUGGCGGUAUAAUCUAAUGGCUAAUAGAAUUCUGCUGCUGCUGGCUACAGCAUCCAGAAAUGAUCCAAAUGUAUCCACAAAGAUUAUAGGUCAAAUUGCUGGUCAUUUUUUGACGAAUCUGAAGAGUCAACUUCCACAGACUAGAAUUCUAGCAAUCUCGGCACUAAACACUCUUUUAAAGGAGUCACCUUACAAGUUGUCAGCAGAUAACACUCCCCAUGACGGAUAUGAAGAGCCCAAGUCAUCUAUUGGAGGAGCUUUAAGUAGUAUUUUUCAGGAAGAAAGCUUUUUCAGGGAGACUUUGAAUAGUCUGUCUCAUGUUCAUAUCAUCAGUGAUAUAGAUACUGCGUCCAGAGGACAUGGAAAUUCUAUGCAGACGUUUGCAGACAAAUCAAUAACCCGUUUCUAUUUUGAGUUUUCUGCUUCAUGGCCUCGUACUCCAAGUUGGAUAUCUUUAUUUGGAAGUGAUACUUUUUACUCAAACUUUGCCCGGAUCUUUAAAAGACUAAUUCAAGAAUGUGGUAUGCCAGUUUUGCUGGCUCUGAGAAAUGCACUAGAGGAGUUUGUGGUUGCUAAGGAGAGGUCAAAGCAAUGUGUUGCUGCUGAAGCAUUAGCUGGAGUGCUGCAUUCAGAUGUCCAUGGGAUUUCAGAAGCAUGGGAUAGCUGGAUGGUUAUCCAGUUGCAGAACAUUAUUCAUGCUCCAUCAGUGGAAUCUAUUCCGGAAUGGGCUGCAAGUAUACGUUAUGCUGUCACUGGGAAGGGGAAAUCUGGAACUAAGGCUCCUUUUCUAAGAGAGAAAAUAAUUGAUUGCUUGAUGAAGCCUUUACCAGAAACAGUGACUACUUCUGUGGUUGCCAAGCGCUAUACUUUUCUUUCAGCUGCCCUUAUAGAAGUAUCUCCUCCAAGAAUGUCUGAAGCAGAAUUGUUGUUUCAUCAUGGUCUUCUGAAAGAAUUAUUGAGCAACAUGAGCCUCUCAUCUGCACAGGUAAGGGAAGCAAUUGGUGUUACGCUUUCUGUAUUAUGUUCAAACCUUCGACUUUGUCCAACCUGUGGCAGUGGUCACUUACAAGAAGUGGGAGCCAGUACUUCAGACAUAAGCACCACAGGAAGCUGGGAUCAAUAUUUGGUAAAACGAGCUUCGGAAUUGGUAAUUAAGAUACAGAGUAUUAGUGCAUCAGAAAGUUUAGAAAUUCCAACAAAGCCAAUAAAAGAAAACGGGCUGUCAAGUGAGGAUUCGAAAGACGAUAUUAGAUGGAUGGAAACGUUGUUUCAUUUUAUUAUAUCAUCCUUGAAGUCUGGAAGGUCUUCUGCUUUGUUGGAUGUUAUAGUGGAACUUCUAUAUCCAGUGAUAUCUUUACAGGAAACAUCAAACAAAGAUCUGUCAAAUCUAGCCAAGGCGGCUUUUGAAUUACUAAAAUGGAGGGUGUUUGGGGAGCCUCAUCUACGGAAAGCUGUGCCUAUUAUUGUUUCUUUAGCUAAUGAUCCAAAUUGGAGAACUAGAUCUGCAACUCUAACCUUCUUGAGAAGUUUCAUGUACAGACAUGCUUUUAUUCUCUCAAACAAGGAUAAACAACAAAUCUGGCAAGCUGUGGAAAAGCUCCUAACAGACAGUCAACUUGAGGUAAGAGAGCAUGCUGCUGCUGUUUUAGCAGGAUUGAUGAAGGGAGGGGAUGUCGACUUAGUUGAAGAUUUUCGCAAGAGAGCUUAUGAGCAAGCUGUUGCUGUCCUGAAGAAAAGGAAACAAAGGGGCACGGUUUCUGCAUUGCCCAUUGCGUCCGUACAUGGUUCAAUACUUGCUUUGGCUGCAUGUGUACUGUCAGUUCCCUAUGAUAUUCCCAGUUGGUUGCCGGAGCAUGUUACUCUGCUGGCCCGUUUUGUGUCGGAGCCAUCGCCUUUGAAAUCCACCGUUACUAAAGCGGUUGCUGAAUUCCGACGUACCCAUGCAGACACUUGGAAUGUACAUAAAGAUUCAUUUACCGAAGAGCAACUAGAGGUCCUUGCUGAUACAUCUUCUUCAUCUUCAUACUUUGCUUAAUCUAUAGUCUUUCCCAAUUACAAUAGCAAAUAAAAUUGCCCUAGAGAUUAUUUGUAUUGUAAACCCCAUACUAUCCUAAUAAUAAUUUUGUUAUAUUUGUAAUCUACCUAUUCUCUAGUUAUAUACAUUUAUCUUGUUUGUAUUCUA